AUGGACAUCGUGGAGAGGGUCCUCUCCGUGGCCCAGGCCAUCCAUGCCCAAUUCGAGCAGGUGAAGUGCUGUAAGCACCAGUGCCAGCGCCUCGUGGAGCGCAUCCAGAUCCUGCUGGAGCCCGUGAGGGUCCUCAGGGCUCAGCCACGACACCACAUCUCCCACCACGAAGAGGAACUGCUGAAGAAACUGCUCCGGGUCCUGGGGGAAGCUGAGAAACUGGUGAUGAAAUACAGCCAGACCAGCUGGAUCCAGAAGUUCCUGCGAGCCCGCAGCACUGGUGAGGAGUUCGUCUGGGUGAACGAGAGCCUGGAGGACAUUGCCCAGGGGCUCUCGCUGCUGCUGCAGGCGGAGCAGAAGCAGGCUUUCCUCGAAGCUUUCCAGGCAAAGACGUGUCGCAGGCAGGAUGCCGAGGACCUGAGGGAUGACAGGGCUUUCUUGGACCAGGUGAUUGCAAGUACUGAGGAACCUGAAGAGGUGGCCGAGGAGAUCUGCCUUGGCAGGCAGUGGAUGGAGAGCAAGGUGGACUGGAUGCAAAGCGAGCUGAACAAAAUCGUGCGCGAGAUGGAGCGUUUGAAGAAGGUCAACGUUGGUAAAAGGGAAGACAUCACUGAGAUCAGGCGGGACCAGCUCACCAUCUGCAGGCACCUGCAGGACACCGAGAGCUACGACCUCUACGAGGGCGAGUACCUCAAGUACCCUGUUGCCAUCAAAACCUUCAAGAGGCCACUGACCACUGACCCAGCGAAGGUGAGAGACAUCUUCGAGAAGGAGAUUCAGACCCUGAAGAAGUUUGAGUCUCCAAACAUCCUGCGCAUGUACGGGAUCUGCAUUGAGGAGAACGAUGGGAGCCCCUGCUUCUCCAUCGUCAUGGAGUACUGUAAGCACGGGACGCUGCGGGAUGUGCUGAACACACACCAGCAUCUUUCCUGGGACAUCCGCAUUCGGAUGGCCCUGGGAGCCGCCAGAGGCCUUUACAGGCUGCACCAGACGGGGGAGAAAUCCCGACUCCACGGCUGCAUCUGCAGCAGCAAGUUCCUGGUGGCUGGGGAUUACUGUGUGAAGCUGUCAGGAUUUGAGCUGUGUGAAACGGAAUCAUCCAUCAAGAGGAAAGCCAAGAAGAACUGGAAACAAGUCUCCAUGCUGGCUUACGUCGCUCCUGAGAACAUGAAAGACAUCAACUACCCCUACAAGAGGCCCUGUGAAAUAUACAGCUUCGGGAUCGUGCUGGCAGAGAUUGCAACCUCCAAAAUCCCAUUUGAAGGCUGCACUCCUGAGGAGAUCGUGGAGAAAAUCUGCAGCCACCAGUACUGGGACCCUGUUGGGGAGGAUUGCCCUGCAGACCUGCGGAGAGUCAUCAGCCAGUGCCGGGCCUUGGACCCUUCCCAGCGCCCUUCUGCCGAGGAGAUUGUGGACUCGCUGGCUGAGCUGGAGAAAAGCAGGAACCAAGGAAGUUGACUGCAGAGAGCAGGGCUGGGUGAGCACGGGCAGCGAGCCCGGGGUGCUGCUCCCCCCCCUCUGCCCUCACACAGACUGAUGGUUCG